AUGAUUUCAAACCAGAAAACAUUUAAUUAAAAGAUUUCACAAGAUCUGGUACUAAAAUAAUUCACUUUGGAUCUAGUUGUUAUCAUUUACUCUAAUUUAUACACGUAUAUUUUAUUUUAUAUAAAAUAUAUAAUUUAGAGUAGAAUUUUACUUGAUGUGCCUUCUACAACAUGA